UGACAUGUGGUGAUGUUGGUUUCGGUCAGAGUGGAUUCAAAUAAAAAAGAACAAAAAAAAGGGGGGCAAAUAAAAAAAUGCUGGAAAGGAAGAGUAAUUCGGUAUUUUUGUAGAAUUGAUUGAAUCCCUGGUGAAAGAUCCAACUUGGUGUUUCUCUUGCAGUGCAAGCCCACAGAGUGGUCGUGAAUGCGAUUUGUCCGCUUUCGACCCUCCAAUUAAACCACUCUGCUCACACUUCACACCUUUUUUUUUCUAGUAAUUUCCCAGCUUUACCUUUCUUCAAAGAUUACAACUCACGCUAUCAUAUGAAAUCAUGUGAGAGAAGAAGAAGAAGAAGAAGAAGAGACUGUUUCCUAUUCCCAGAAAAAAAAGUUCUCUUUUUUGGGGGGAGUCAGUGUUUGUCCCAGAGGAAGAAGUUGAAAAUAGUGCAAAAUUGUGAAAUGGAUGGUGAACGCCCGGAGUGGCUGCCGGUGGACUGGAAAGUUUGUGUGAGAGUUCGGAGCUCUGGAAGAAAAGAUAGGUAUUAUGUGAGUCCAUCAAAUGACCACAGAUUCAAGUCCAAGCCUGAGGUGUUUCGGUAUCUUAAGAAUGCUGAGAAAGAUCUCAAACUCAGGCUGCGGAAUAAGGUAGACAUGAAAAAGAGUGUCAAAGAAAGAUUAUUACCUUCGGGAUCGAUCAAGGGUGGCAAGACCAGGAGAGACACGGUAAAGUCAGAAGGUGAAUGCAUUGAUCCAUCACAUACAGAUGCUUCUGCGCAAAUAGAAAAAGAAAAUGAUUCUGUGGCAGAAGAUGAGGAAAAGGCAGCAUCCCUGAAGAAGAGAAAGAAAAACAGCAAAUGGAUGAAUGAGCUGCCUCGCAGAAGUUCAAAACGGCUUGCUCGGGUCGAAGCAGAUCCACCAUUAGAUGUUGAGACUAUCGGCAAAUCUGAGCUGUCAGGUAGUACAGAGAUGAAGAAGCAUGAAGAAGCUUCCACCAAUUUGCCACUGGAAGAUGUUUCAUCUACUGAAGAGCAUGAGUGUGAUGAAAAGAAGCUCAAGUCUUCACUGAAUGAUUUAGUUAUGGAUCCAUGCAUCGAGUUUGCAAUCAAAACUCUCACCGGUGCAAUCCCGAUAGAAGAUGUGAACAAGAUGAAUGAGGUGUCCCCCAUCCAAGCUUCAGCUUCCUCCUGCGCGCUUCCUUUCAGUGAUAUCUGGGCCGAUCCUUGUUUUGAGUUCGCAGUGAAGAUGCUUACCAAUGAAAUCCCAGUGGAGGAUGGCUCCCAUUUUCAGAAUGCAUUCCAGCAGCUUCUUAGCUCACAUCAGGAACCACUACCAAAUGACAAUUCCAACCACUGUAUUACAAAAUGAAAAUGUUUGUAGCAAGUUUCUAGGUUUAGAUAGAUCGUCUGUUUUGAUGCCCUUGUCUAAAAUUACUUGAAAUAUUUAGUCAUUCUAGCGACUUUCUGCAGCAGCUGGCUAGAAUUCCUGAUUUUGUAAAUCUAUCUGGAUAAUCUGAAUUAUACUUCAGAUUACAUGGUCCAGACUCCAGAACGAUUUUUUGAAGAAUUUCAGUGUUCUUAAA